AGAUGAAAUGAUGACACAUAUCAUUAUGACCAAAGUUUGCUGACUAUUUUCACAGUGAGUGUAACAGAUUUUGAAAUGUCUGUUCACUGAGUAUAUUAUACACAAAUACGUUGGCCUAAAGGAGCAUCUAGUACACAGAGGAAAAAUCACUCCUAAUGGCUUAUGUAAUGAGAUUGUGAAAGGGAUAGAGUGAAACUGUGAAAUGGUAAUAUUUUUAUAGACCUGUUUACUUUUUGGAGAGUGAUUUCAAGCUGCUUGGAAGGGGGUUCAAAAUGUUUUCCUACAUGCUGCAGUCUAUGCAUUCGGAGAGAGGAUGUUACUUCAUAUCGGGAUUGCUGCUGCUUUUAUACAUCUUCAUCAUGGACAUUAUUCUAUACUGCUCCCUGGAAAACACCACACUGAUCGAUCAGAAGCACGAAGGGUCCUACUCUCCCUUCCAUCCUCUCUCAACAAAGUUGCUGAUGAGCGAUCCAAUACAGCAUUAUAUUAUCAACCCCACAUCCGAAUUCUUCGAUGAAAUCACCAAAUUCAGCAAGAUUUUCUACUUCAUUUCACCAAACAUGAUAAGCUUCACCCAUCUAUCCAUGUCUUUGAUAGCAGCCAAGUUUGUCUCAUCGGAUAAUUUGAAAACGCGUAGACUUGGUGUUCUUCUGUACCAGUUCAGAACAUGGCUCGACAGUUUGGAUGGGGUUGUUUUCCGAAGUCAUAAAAACCAGCAGCAUGAGUACAAGUCUCAUCAUGAUAGCUGGGGAUUUUUCAUAGAUGCUGGUAGUGAUAUCACUGGCGCUGUGAUCUUUUCAUUCGGAGUUUUAUUUUAUUUGUUUAAACUACCAGUGUCCUUUUUCAAUAAAUAUAAGGAGGAAGGUACCGCCACUUUACCGCUUACCAAAUCAGAAAAUGGUUACAGCAGUGGUGAAAAAACAAACGGGAAACCCAGCAAGAAAAUGCUCUUCUGGAAGUGCUUAUGUUUCGGAAUGCAGGUAUUUGUGGCUUCUGGAACAUGGGACAAGCGGGUAGAGCAGUAUGGUGAAAUAUAUGCAAAAAAGUUGGAUGCACAGAAGACAGUACGCCAGACGUCCUCACUUCACUCGCUGAGUACAUGGAUCAUCUUGUACAUCUGGCGGUAUAUCGACGGCCAGGCCCUGCUGCAGGUCUAUUGUCUUGUAAUAUUCAUGGACAAAGUCUGGGAAUUUCUGAACUUUGUGCAGUACCUUGGUUUUGCUGUGAUUAUAUUUAUCAACGUGAUUUCAGAAAUUCACCUCAAACAUGUUCGAGGAUAUAUUGGGCUCUAGCUGAAACACAAGAAAAUUGGAAUUCAAAGUCAUACAUAGAGCUGAAGAUACAACCUUUUUCUGCUGACAUUUUUGUUGAAAAUACCACAUUUAAAUUUUCAUGCCACAGUACAACAUUAGGGUUUCAAUUUUUAGUCAUUCUAUCAUUGCUCUUAUAUUUUUGUAUUGACACAAAUGUAACAGACUUUUGAAAACAAAGAGUAGCACACUUUUGAAAACAUUUGUAAUUUGAAAAAAAUAGGCAUGUUUAAUAUACCCCGGUAGAUACAUUUAUCAAUAUUACUUUUCUAAAAAAAUCUUUCAAUAUAAAUGACUAAGCUAGGAUGAAGGAAAUUUCAGAUGGGUUGCAAUUUGAAUACAUAUUAAGUUCUUGCCAGAUUUUAUCAAAUGGUACUAUUUCACAAUGUAUCUACACUAUACAAACAUACAUUGAUGAAAAAAAGUCACCUUUGUUGGGAGAGAAUUUUAGGCAGAUGCUGACCUAGUGUAUUCUCUUGCUAGUUUGUGUUUGUAAUAUGUUUUCGGUGCUGAAAAUCCACUCUUGGUUGUUGUGUAACAUCAGUGGUAUUGUUAGUGUGUUGGUGAUAAUUUAGGAUUCUUCUUAAAUAAUCCUCAUUUGUUUGUGAAUUUUUUGUUCAUGUUUCCCAAAUUGCUGAUCAUGAAAUUAUGCUAAAGUUCUUGGGGUUUUUUUACCUUCAAAAAUAUUUGCUGAAAGCAAGUCGAAGUUUGUGUUAGUCUAAUGUUUAACUGGCCAUUAAAUAGAAUAAGGUGGAAGAGAGUCAAAUCCACAUGUUAUUUAUAUUUAACAUCUUCACUGCUCUAAAAAGGAAGUGCAAAUAUUUACAUGAUAUACAUAUGAUAUUUUUGUGGGAAUUCCAGAUUUGAUAUUUUUAUUGAGUCAUUUAUAUCCAUCAUUUUUUUUCUUCCUUUCCAGUUUGUAUUUGUUCAUCAGCUAUUCACAGAUAAAUAAAUUCUAGGUAAAUAUUUUUGUAUUAGAAGGCAACUUAUUUUUUUCAUUUGCACAUGUAGACGACAACAUUGAUACAUGUAAGUGAUUAGACUAACACUGUGUAUCUUCAAUAUUUAAUUGACGUACAAAUAUUCAAUCUAAAAUAACUAUAUCAAAAAUAAAUUUAUCACAAUACUUAUAGCCUUGUAUUCUUAUAGUACUGUAGUUUCAUUUGAUAUCAAAAGAACGAGACACAUUUUUUAUUAAAUGAUAGUUUUACUUCAAAGGCAUCAAGCAAGACAAGGUAUUUCAUAAAAGAUUUGAAAAAUAAAAUAUACCAAUGUAGCUAGAAAGCAGAAUAAUUUUGCAAUAAGAGAGCACUAUGUCUCUUCUUUUAAAAGUGAUGGAUUAAAAAUAUUAUCACCAUGUAUACAGCUUGGUCAUUAAAGCUAGGCCCUUCCUUCUUUUCUACAUCUCAAAACCACCCUUCCCACCAACAAGUCAUGAAUUCCAGUGUUGAAAUAGUACAUUUUUUGUAUUUGUCUUGUUCGAGUUAUGCUGAACAUGGAACACUUCAUUCCAGCUCACAACAUUGCAAGUGGCAUUUAUAUACCUCAAAAUUAAAUCUUAGUCAUGUGCGAGUAGCCUUUUUAUGUGUGAGUAUGAGUGUUUGAGCUUUAAUGUACUGAUAAUCAUAUGUCUCAUAUUUAGAGGCUUUGAAAAAUACAUUAGCAGUUUUCAUGCAAAUUUAAAAAAAAAAAAUUAUAUUAUAUCCUAGUGUUGCAUGCACUUUUUAAAUUUUUGUAUGUUAAUAACCCACAAUUGUUGAUUUGAGAACUAAUGAGAAAAAAUGCUUUUCCUACGGUGGUACAGGGAUUAAAACUAUUUUAAUGAACUGACUGUAACUCUUAAAAUCAAGAAAAACUUAUUCCAUAAAGUUUUGAAAUUAUAAUUUUUUUUGACAUUGUAAUGUUUGGCUUACAUUUUUUAAACAGUUCAUAUACUAGUAUUGUAGAACAAGUUUGCUUUAAAACCUGCGGGCUUUGACUCUUCAAGACUUCUAAUCCAAAGUAACAUAAGUAACAUUGUCCAGAUGUCAAGUGCUAGAUGUAUUAUUUUAUUCUUUUACCAAAAUAUAUUUAUUUGAUAGAAAAUAUGUACCUAUAUAUUCAUACAUGUAUAUACUAUACUUGUGAUAUGAUCCCCCCCCCCCCCAAAUCCCAACAUAUUUUUUAUAUGUGGUAUAUAUGACGACUUCAGUUAAGUUUUUUAUGAAUCUUUGGCAUAAUUUUUUGACAUUUUAUGACAAAAUUACACCAGUAAAUUUAUGUAUACACGACACUUGUCACAAAGAUUCCAUUGUUCAAAUUUAUUUA